AUGUCCUCAAGCAGCCGCGACUUCAACAACAUGCAUACCGCGGCUUCACCAUCCUCUGCCAUCUCGGUGGACGACUAUCUGCAACGAUGCUUCCAAGCGAUUGAUGAUCUCGCCAACAACCCCUAUGUGAAUGGCACUCUUCCAGGUCCAGACGAAGAACGGGGAGGUCAAGAACACAGAGGAUCAAUUCAAGAAAGUCCAAUGCGAGGUUCAAGCCACAGAAACCAAAAUCAAGUCGCUCGCAAGGAGAGCCAAUACCUUGAUACAAGCAGAAGCCAGACUCCCAAAGCACCAACGGGCUCAAGAUCGACGACUCCGAUUCCAGGACCUCCAAAGUACAAUCCGGAAUCCAGCUCAAAGGCGAUGAAGUCUCCCGUAGACCACAUGCAUCUACCUCCGGUCACGCCAAAGCCCGAAUCGAAAAUGAAGGGGUUCAAGGCUUUCAUGAGACCGUCUUGGAGAUAG